AUGAAGGCGAUGUUGCCCGCGUUUAUGACGUCGCUGGGAACGGCGUCAAGUGGUGCUGCAUUGCCUGUUGGGCUGCAAUGUAUGGAGGGGGUUGCGGAUUCAAGGGUGACAAAAUUUGUGCUUCCUCUAGGUGCAUCGACAAAUAUGGAUGGGAACGCGCUCUAUGAAGCUGUGGCUGCCAUUUUUAUGGCGCAGAUUAAUGGGAUCGAGUUGACGUUGACGGAGGUGGUGACGAUUAGUAUAACAGCCACCCUCGCCUCAGCCGGACUAAACGCCGUCCCAGCCGGCCUCGUGUCGAUGCUGGUGAUUUUAGAGACAGUCGGACUUCCGGUUGCCGACAUCAAGACAAUUAUUGCAGUGGAUUGGUUACUAGACCGGAUCCGAACUGCCAUUUGCACCAUGGCCGAUGGGCUGGUGGCUUCGGCUGUUGGGCAUAUGGUAAAUUUGGACCCCUUCGAAGGUGAAUUGCAGGAAAAAGAAGACACCUACAAGAUUGGAAAUUGCGUGCAUACGCAUCUU